AACCAGCCUAACUAAUGCUCAUAUACCUCAUCAGCAGGAACAAAAGUUCUGAGCUACCUGCGAAUGAAGCGGCAGACACGUAUGACCACCGUACCGCUCCUCCUCGUCCUCUACGUCGCCGCGGCACUCAUCGUAAGCCGCGGUGUGGGCGCCGUCACCAUGGGCAGCUUCUUGGCUAGCUCUGAGGCAACGCCGAUGCAUGCGCUGCACAACGUUGAGGAUGAGGUGAUGGGCUUUAUGGAGGGCGUGGAGAAGGCGACGUACCCACAGAGGAGGGUGUUGUAUGAUGGAGGGCACAUCAGCUACGCCGGGCUCAUGGCGAACAAGCAAGUCUGCAACGGCGGGUGCGCUGCCCCGGGACAGCCCUACAGCACCGGCUGCCUGGCCAUCUACCAAUGCCACGGCGGAAUGUAGUACCUUGCCGUACUGCCUGCAGGAGCCGCUCUUGGUGUGAAUCGCACUUUGGUUCAAGUUAGAUGUUGCAAGCUGCGAGUGUUUGUUACAUAUGCUUUGUGUGUUAGUAAUUGUAUGCUCUGCAAGGGAUUCAUCAGGACAGUUCAUA